AGGCUGUAUGGCUGCUGUGACUUUUUCAUAGACUGAUGAGGCUGUCGUUCUUGCGCCAGCCAGAGUUGUGUUAGUGUUAGCUAUGGCUUGAGUGGGUCUAGACACUGCUCAGGGCCCCUGGCGUUGUUGCGGCGUAUGGAAGGAUUUCUACUUAACGCAUCUGAAUGCGCUCUACCAUCUCUCAGGGUCAUUGUCACAUGCGCUUCGCUCUGGAAUUACCCGAAAGACCAGCUCUCGACGUAUAAAUAAGACUCCCUGUCGUCCUCAGACGACGUCAGUCUCUGCACGUCUCGUCGCAAUCAUGGCUCCCUUCCCUACCCCCGUAAUCUACUCUAUGGAGGCUUUGAACAAAGACCUGCCGAUCCGCCAAUUGUACCCCGAGGAUAUCUACCCAAACGGUGACUACUAUCCGUCACCUUACGGUCGAGUCAGAUAUUGGAUCGUUGGCCCAGAAGAUGGACAGAAGGUCGUCCUCAUUCAUGGUCUGUCAACCCCCAGUAUUCUCUGGAAGGACGUUCAGGCGGAGCUUGUGUCCAAUGGUUUUAGGGUCCUGAUGUAUGACAUCUACGGCCGUGGUUAUUCAGAGGCACCUAGGCUGACCUGCGACCCUAACUUAUGCAUCAUGCAACUGGCGCUUUUAAUGCAAUAUAUCGGCUGGGAUGCAGCUGAUCUCGUUGGCUUCUCGAUGGGAGGCGCCAUUGCUGCUUCUUUCGCCGCUAUGUUCCCUCAUCUUGUCGGUAAGAACAUCGUGUUCCUAUCAGCCUCAGGCCUGUUGGAUUCUGUCAAAGAGCAGCCGAACGCAAGCAAGGAGACACAGCCCGACAGCGGACAGGUGGCUUGGCAUCUCCGAGAGCUACAAACACAAUGUCUCCCGGGAUUUAGCGACAUGUUGGAAUCCUCCAAGAAAGACGGCCUCGCCACCGGCGUCAACUGGGCGUACAGGAAGCUCGGCAAGAUGCCCGACAAGCGCUGCCUAAUUGUGCACGGUAUCGCCGAUAAUGUUGUGCCAUAUUCGGAGGCAUUCAAGAUUCGCAAACUCGUUCCGCAGGCGCAGCUGAUUUCGAUCGAGGGCGCCAGCCAUUUUGUACCAAUGGAGGAAGGUUCUAAGCAGAAGUUCACCGAGAACCUCCUUAAAUUCCUUGCGUAGAGAACGUGUACAGAUGAUACGUGAGCAAAAAUGUACCUUCUUCCAAUGGGAGCGAGGGAAUCCUUUCGAGCAUACACAGCCACCUAACGUUCGCUGCACCGCAGAGACAGAGAUCAAACCUCCGUGUCGAUUUGAGUGAUGCUGGAGCAGUGCGCCUACGUUCGGCUUGCUGACGACUUGGAUACGCCAGAGCAUUAUCGAUGACUUCUAGUCUCGCAGAAUGCUUGAAGGCGCAGACCCUACUAACCGUAUUGAAGGGCACGUGAGCUUUCCUGACGGCGUGUUGGCGUGCCGACAGCGACUCAGGGGACGCGAAAGCGUCUACGAAAUUCUCACAGACGCUGCUGGCACUAGAGCCCAGUCGUUCAUGCCGUUCAGACGAGCACAACUCAUUGCUUGCGGUAAAGUGGCUCUCUAAGUAAUCCGCGACGGUCAGCUACACUCUCAAGUAGCGACUUUCAUUCUUGAUAUAUCCCCCGUUAUAGUUCUGAAGCUGCCGACCAAGGCGUGCCCUCUCGUUUCUACACGAGAUCACAUGCACACGUUGCGUAUGUUCCAUUCAUCGCGGUGUACGGGUUUAUCCCGGUCAUUACCGAUGCAGAGCCA